CUACUGUGUCAACCCGUCUGCCUCCUGUCUCCCAAUGAAGACUGCUGGACACUUACCGACUGUUUCACCCUCUCGUCCAUUUUUUCUUCUACUUGACAACGAGGACGACUGAAUAGUGGAUUUUUCCUUCUGCUCCAAAGACUGCACCCCCACCAAGAGGGAUCAACUCCAUUUACCUCCUGGUGCCAUGCACUUCAUGGCAGUGCCAUGUGGAAGGUAACUUAAUCUCCCAUAUUCUGCCCUUCAACUCGUCCCAUGUCUGAGGACAGUGACCCAAAGCACUACCUGUACUCAACCCUGGAGGGGCGCGAAAGGAACCGGGAAAGGAUCGGCUUCCAGGCGGAGGAAGAGGAGCACUCUCCCUGCAGCUCCAUCAGACAACUUCACAGAAUGGCGAGCGGUUACAGCGAGGGUUGUGGCCAGCAGGAUGGGGCCGAACUGGAGGCCGAGUUGGGACAUGCCUCCGAGGGAAGCGACAGCAGCCACGAGCACUCGGCCUCACCGGGCUCCCCGCACGACGACAGGAAGCGACCGCGCCCCCCUUUACAUGAGGAUGUAGAGAUGGGUGGCAGCGGCUCGAGUGGGAGCGGGACAGAAUCCCAUGGAAACGAGUCGCAUGGCAAUGAGUCGCAUGGCAAUGAAUCCGUGGGCAGCUCCAACGGCAAUGGAAAGGACUCGGCUAUUAUGGAGUCAUCCGAAAGCAACAAGAGCUCAAACUCUCACAGCCCGUCGCCGCCCAGCAGCUCCAACGCCUUCAGUCUGGUGAGCUCGGAGCAGGACAACCCUUCGACCAGCGGCUGCAGCAGCGAACAGUCGGCCAAAGCGAAGACACAGAAGGAGGUCUUCAAGACCCUAAAGGAUCUCAAGAUGCACCUACCAUCGGAAAAGAGGAGCAAGGGCAAGUCCAGCACCGUCAACACGCUCAAGUAUGCGCUGCGGUGCGUCAAACAGGUGAAAGCCAAUGAGGAAUACUACCAGAUGCUGAUGAUUAACGACAGUCAGCCGCCAGGGUUUGAUGUUUCCUCGUACACCAUCGAGGAAAUCAACAGCAUUACCUCUGAGUACACGCUGAAAAACACUGAUAUAUUCGCCGUGGCCGUCUCGCUCAUCACCGGGAAGAUUGUUUACAUUUCGGACCAGGCGGCGACCAUCUUGAACUGCAAACGGGAAGUGUUCAACAACGCCAAGUUCGUGGAGUUCCUGACACCGCAGGACGUCAGCGUGUUCUACAGCUUCACCACGCCCUACCGCCUGCCCUCAUGGAGCAUGUGCACCGGAACAGAGUCGUCUCCCACGGAGUGCAUGCAGGAGAAGUCCUUCUUCUGCCGCAUCAGCGGUGGAAAGGAGCAUGAAGGGAAUAUCCAGUACUAUCCGUUCCGCAUGACUCCUUACCUGAUGAAAGUCCAGGACGCCGAGCUGGGUGAGGAACAGUUCUGCUGUCUCCUGCUGGCCGAAAGAGUGCACUCUGGAUAUGAAGCGCCCAGAAUCCCUCCUGACAAGCGCAUCUUCACCACAACACACACACCUAACUGUGUGUUCCAGGAUGUGGAUGAGAGGGCUGUUCCUCUGUUGGGUUACCUCCCUCAGGACCUGAUCGGGGUCCCUGUGUUACUCAAUCUGCACCCAAGUGACCGACCCCUGAUGCUGGCUGUUCAUCGCAGGAUUCUGCAGUACGCUGGUCAGCCAUUCGAUCACUCCUCGAUCCGCUUCUGUGCAAAAAAUGGCGAGUACAUCACCAUCGACACCAGCUGGUCCAGUUUUGUCAACCCCUGGAGCCGCAAGGUCUCCUUUGUCAUCGGCAGGCACAAAGUCCGCAUGGGUCCUGUGAAUGAAGACGUUUUUGCUGCACCAGCUUUCCAUGGAGGGAAGAUCAUGGACUCGGACAUCCAGGAAAUUAGUGAACAGAUUCACAGGCUGCUGCUCCAACCGGUCCAUAACGUGGGCUCCAGCGGUUACGGUAGCCACGGCAGCAAUGGUUCCCAUGAACAGCUGGUGAGCAUCGGUUCAUCCAGCGACAGCAACGGGAAAGACACGGCGCGGAAGACAGCGGAGGAGACGGGCAAGGCCAAACCUCCCAGGACGUUCCAGGAGAUUUGUAAAGGGGUCCACAUGCUGAAGAACCAGGACUCCCAGGUCUGCCUGCGCUCCCCUUACUCUUCGCCCUUACCAUCGCCGUCCAAGCCUGAGCUGAAAAAGACCGCUGACACUGCUGUUGCAGCUCAGAAGAGUUCAGCAGUUCGUCACAAGGACUCAGCGCCCCCUCUGCAGGCUAGAGACAGUACUGUAGCCACCAUUGAAGACUUCCCCUGUAAGGACCAGACCAUGCACUCGUACCAGCAGAUCAGCUGCCUCGACAGUGUCAUCAGGUACCUUGAGAGUUGUAACAUCCCCAUCACGGUGAAGAGAAAGUACCAGUUCUCCUCCAACACCUCCUCUUUCAACUCAGAUGAAGACAAGGGCUUAGAAGACGGCAUGCAAGGGCAUCAGGAUGCAAACUCAGACCCUUUGAUGCUUGAAGCUCAGCCAGGUCUAUCGAACAUGAAAGUGCCCAAGAAGCCUCCAUCUGGAGCUGCUGCUGUGGUGGGCGGCCCCCUGGCUCCCCUCACACUGCCCAGCAAGGCUGAGAGCGUGGUGUCCAUCACCUCGCAGUGCAGCUACAGCAGCACCAUCGUCCACGUGGGAGACAAGAAGCCUGUGCCAGAGUCGGAGAUUAUAGAGGAUGUGGCAGAGAGUCCUGCACCCCCACCCCUGCCUGUCAGCAUCGUGUCCCUGCCCACCCAAGAGAAGGAGCCCUACAAGCGAUUGGGGCUUACCAAGCAGGUGCUGGCUGCACACACGCAGAAAGAAGAGCAAGCCUUCCUCAGCCGCUUCCGAGAGGUCCCUAACCCCAGGACCCUCCAGAAAGGCUGCUCCGCAUAUCUGCACAAACAGAAAGGUCCAGCCAUCGCAGAAGAACCAUCUGGACCACGGGGAUCAGCCAAACAGGGCCCCUCCAAGCCUGAGACUACCACCAAGAAGGGCAACCGCAACAGGAAGUCCAAGAAGCCCAGGAUGAAGCAUCCUGAUUCGUCAGACAGCGCAAUAUCCAACCGCAAACCCCGGCCCCCUCUGCAGGGUCUCAACCAAACGUCAUGGUCUCCAUCAGAAGCGUCCCAGUCAGCUUUUAACGUUUCCUACCCAGCCAUGGUGCCUACAUACCCCCUCUACCCCCCAGCACCCACUGCCCCAGCUCAGGCCCCCUGCCCUGACCCUUCCCUUUCUGCCGGAUUUGCAGAGGGGCAGAGCACCCAAGCCCCACCCACUGCCACACCAUUUCCUGCACCCCUUGUUACACCUGUGGUGGCUCUGGUGUUACCCAAUUACCUCUUCCCCCAGAUGGGACCGAUAGGACCAAUAGGACCAAUGGGACCGAUAGGACCAAUGGGACCGCUAGGUCAGAUGGGACCGAUAGGACCGAUAGGUCAGAUUGGUCAGAUUGGACAGUUAGGUCAGAUUGGACAGAUAGGACAGUUAGGGCAGAUUGGGGCUGCUCCGAGACCCACAUUUUAUGCUGAGCAGUCCCAGACUCAACCUGCAUACACCACUCAGCAACCCUUUCAGCCCCCACAGUCGGCCUACACCAUACAGACUCAAGCCCCUUUCGCCAGCCAACAGCCGUUCCCUGUGCAGACUGCUUUUACUCCCCAGCAGCCAUUCCAAACUGCUCACACCACCUUCCCUACCCAGCAGCCUUUCCAGACGCCGCAGACUCCUUACACCACCCAGGCGCCAUUCCAAGCCCCUCAGCCUACCUACACUACCCAGCAGCCCUUUGCUGCCCAGCCUUCUUUCCCAGUUCAGACUCAGUUUGUGGCUCAAGCCCCGUAUCCAGCACAGCCCUUCCCUUACAGCCUCACCGCUGACUCCACCAAAGCCCUGGCUGUGGAGCCUCGAGAAGGGGCCGCCUCACGCUCCUCCACCCCGGCCUCUGGAGCAAGGGACCCUGCCACGUCACCGCCGCUGUUUGAGUCGCGAUGCAGCUCGCCGCUGCAACUGAACCUGCUCAACAUGGAGGAGGGACAGCGCUCAGUGGAAAGACAGGACGGCACAAUGCCCCCUGCUGGACUCCAGGGUAACAGUUUAUCAACAGGAUUUGGUGGAGCAGCAGUGGAAAAGAUGGGAGUUUUCAAGUCUGAAAGUUUCCAACAGUUGGAUUCUCAAGGAGACGGAGCCCACAGCGAUGGUAACUCUUCUUCCUGCGACUUGCUGGACAUCCUGCUGCGGGAGCAAGAGGACUCCCACUCCGGCACGGGAUCGGCCACCUCCGGCUCCAUGGGCUCAGGAUCUCGCUCCGGUUCAGGAUCUGGAUCGGGCUCAGGAUCUGGCUCAGGCUUUGGAACAUCAGCUAGUGGAGCUUCUGGCAGCAGAACAGGGAGCAGCAACACCAGUAAAUACUUUGGUAGUAUUGACUCCCUGGAACCUGAUCCCAAGACCCAAGCCAAAGCCAAGACGAGAGGCGAAGGGGGCUCUGAUGGAAGGCAGUCCCAGACCAAGGUGUCAACCCAAGGGGACGGAGAUCCUUUCGAUAGAUAUGUUCUCCAGGAGCCCCUCUGGCUGCUCAUGGCCAACGCUGACGACAAGGUCAUGAUGACGUAUCAAAUGCCAUCCAAGGACAUCCAGAGGGUUCUGCGAGAAGACAAGGAGAGGCUGAGGCAGAUGCAGAAGAGCCAGCCUCACUUCACGUCAGACCAGCGACGAGAGCUCCUGGAGCAGCACCCCUGGAUGAGGAGGGGCGGGCUACCAGCCGCUAUCAAUGUAAAGGAGUGUGUGUACUGCGAAGAUGCGGCAGCGGCAUCUCCAAUCGAGGAGGAUCUACCCGACAUGGAAAUGAGCGAUCUCGCCGAGGAGCUGAGACAAGAGGACCGGAACGCCAGGAGCCAAUCAGAGGCCUCUCAGCCUCAACAGGACACUGGCUCCUGAGCGUGCACACACACACACACACACACAGCCUGCCAGCCAUUGAGCAGGGGGACACACUAUACCGGCCAUGGACCCUCGUGAUGCACACACACAACAUGAACUCAUCAGAACUCUGUGACGCCGCUCCGCUGAAAAUGAGGAUGCAUGCCACACGCCUGUUCAUGUGCGUGUUGUGCAGAGGACUGCUGCUGAAGUGCAGAUCUUAAUGUACCGACAGGAAGCAGGAAGGCGCCGAUGUUGGACUUCUGCCAGCUCACACACACACACACAUUGGGGCCUAGACAUUGUGACCAGUGGCCUGUAAGAUAACAGUUUAUUUAAUUGUUUUCCAUCCUCUUCUCCAGAGGCAGAGAUUUACAAAGAGUUAAUUUAAGGAUACGGCUGCUUUGCCGUUCAAGUCCUUCACCACCAGACAUUAUGUUUUUGUCUUUUAAUGUUAUGUCACAUGGUCCAGUUCGAACCCCAGGAUCGCCGUUGUUACCCCACGAGGAACUCCCUAUGUACAAUAGAUGAGGUUUUCGCUGGACGAUGUAGGCGGCUGGGUCUAGGGGCGAGAAGCAGCACUUUAGUUUUACUGGAGAGGUCAAACAGCACUUCACUCCAGAGUGAAUAUGAAGUCAUGUGGGGAAUGUUUUUUUUACCUUCUCAAAAGUGACAAUCUGAAACGUAGUGCGAGGGGUUCCUAUUUAUUUUCUACCAAAAAAUGUAUCUACAAUAGAUCGUCUAAAGUUUAAGCCAAAUCCACACAGUUGUAAACUUUUUUUUUUUGGUUUGAAAAACACAGAAUGUUUCAGUUCUUCUUUACUCUGGACUCCUCGUAUGUAAAAGGUUGUUUUCUGUCUCCGGGGUCUCAUGUUGUUUUCUAUUGUGGACAACAACACAGCAUGAUGGCUUCGGGAAAAAAAUUUGUCAGGAUCACAAACAUAAUGCUGACAUGUGUUUGUUAGGAAAAAAGAAAAACAGAGGGAGAAAUAAUUCCACUUUGGAUCUCUUAUUUAUCUUUCACCUCUUUUUUAUAUCUUGAGUUUCAGCCCUGUACGUUACCAAAUAAUGCCAAAACUGGUAAUAUCUUUUUUCUUUUCUUUUUUAAAGUAAAUAUGGUGCAUCACUAUCUAUAAUAUGGUACUACAAAGUGUCAUUUGAAGACCAAACCGGUGCUGAUCUUUGGAUUUCUACAUAAUGCAGAAUGAUAUUGUUUCUGUUUGCAUCCUUCUUCGAGACUUUCCCAUUUCUUCUUCUUCAGAUUAUUUCCACUCUUAGCGACUGUCAAACAGAACUGGUGUAUUUCACGCACGACCAUCAGGACGAUUAUUUCAUCGUCUGUACUGGUCGCUGUGCUGCAGUUCAGAUCGUUCAGUAUUUGGUCAAAACAAUGUUUUUUUUUUGUUUUUUUAGCAACAUAUAUCAAUACCAAGCAUCAGCACUGAAAUAUUACAGCAUGGUGGAAAAAAAACAGCAUUACAAUUGUAGCAAAUAAGGGGACCAUAUUGCCUCAGUGACCUUAUUGCUUACCCUGGGAUACUUAUGGGUAGUGGUGGCAUGCAUGCACCGGCGAGCCCUCCGUCGUCGUUACAUGAAGUCUUCAGGAAAACGCGGUCCACAUUGGCUCCAUGUAAGCCAGUCGAGGUUAAUACUGGUGGGAACAUGUGUGGUGCUACAGCAGAGACGCUGUCAGGGUUUGUGAAUGUAACAGACUGGACCAAGAGCAUCCCUCUGGGUUAGUUUGUCUUUUUUGUCUUUUUUUUUUUUUUUGUUUGUUUUGUUUUCUCAUUCAGAUGUCAGAAUGUUUUUUAAUAUUGUUCUAUUUUUCUAUUCUUCUUUGGUGUGUUUUAUUUUUUUAUUUUAUUUGACAUCUGCAUCAAGAGUGUUUAAGUGUCAUCUGGGAGCCUACCGCUAAUAAAUCCCAGGUCACGUUUAAAGGAGCACAUACCAUGUGUAUGAAUGUGGGCAAAGCGCAAUGGACAAGAGGGGUCCGAUACUUCAGUGAUUCCGGUGAGGGACGGGCUCGAGCAGGGAGAGGACGAGCCCCUCUAACACUCACCUGUGGUUAACCUAUCACGAAUACAAGAAUGUAGUUAAAUGAUAUUGAAACAGAAAUGUGGAAAGAAUCUGUUGUUCUCUGUCAGCUGGGAUAAAGAGGAUGAUGCUGCAGAGUUUAAAAGCCUUUAUCCUCACAGAGGGGGGAAUGCACACGGUACUCUCACACGAUGCUGUGUAUGGUCAUGUAAAUAUGUUUGACGCUGUAUGAAUCUGUGCUGUAAGAACCUGGCACAGGUCAGUGCGUUUUUUUGUAGGUAAUGUGGUGUUGUUUGAGACAUGCAGACAAUGUUGUAAUAAAAACUACAGAAAUAUAA